GCGGGGGAGGAGGAGGAGGGGAGGAGGGCGCGGCCGAGCGUCCAUAAUAAUUGGAGGCUUGCGGAAGGGUCGAGAGAAGGGAGAGAACACAGAGAGCCGGAGAGAUUUGGAGCUUUGCUUCCAUGGACGCGUUCUUGAGAUCGUUCCUGAAUCCAUCCCGCAACUGGUUUGCUGCCCAGCAUUGCAAGGCCAUCUCCAAGCGCCUGAAGAAAUAUGGGCUUCGUUACGACGAUCUCUAUGACCCCAUGUUCGACCUUGACAUUAAGGAAGCCCUUUCUCGUCUCCCGAAAGAGGUUGUAGAUGCCCGGACCCAGCGGCUCAAGCGCGCCAUGGAUCUGUCCAUGAAGCACGAGUACCUUCCCGAAGACUUACAGGCUUUGCAAACACCCUUUAGGGGCUACCUGCAGGAGAUGCUGGCUCUUGUCAAAAAAGAGAGAGCAGAGCGUGACGCAUUGGGAGCUCUGCCUUUGUACCAACGAACCAUCCCUUGAUCAUCAUUUAGGACUCAUGAGUGUAACCGAUCCAACAAAAGGAGCAUCAAAUGAAACCUUCUUCUUGAGAUCCCUGUGCUAAAUGGAUAGCAGACACAGAACAUUGUUUUCAAUGUUCUAGUUUCUUAAGCAUUUGCUUGCAAUAAUGUAUCCCAAAUUGUUCGUAUAUACAAUGAUUAUCAUGUUCUUUGAACUGUUCUUUUUCUUUAGAAGCAUGUGAGCCUGAUUUUGUUGUGGCAGACCUCUUCCAGAGAAACAAUGAAUAACCUAGUUAUUGAAAGGGAUGUAUCCAUUUAUUGAA